AUGGCGGCGGCCACCGCGGCGGCGUCGCCCUCCUCCUCCCUGCUCCUCUCCCGCCGCCACGGCGCGUCCCCGUCGGCGCUCCGCGCCGGCGCCUCCCGCCUCCGCGCGCCGAGGUGCGUGCUCGGGGCCGAGCAGCUGCGCGUGGUCGAGGCGGGGAAGCGGACGGGCGGGGGCGCCGACCCGUCGGCGGCCGCGGCGUGGACGCCCAAGGUGCCCGCGCAGGAGGCCAGGCUCUUCGCGCUCCCCCAGGAGACGCGGGACUCCAGGCUCAAGAUCUUCUCCGGCACCGCCAACCGCCCGCUCGCGCAGGAAAUUGCUGCUUACCUGGGCGUAGACCUUGGCAAGAUCCUCAUCAAGCGCUUUGCCGAUGGGGAAAUCUAUGUGCAGCUGCAAGAGAGCGUGAGGGGCUGCGAUGUGUUCUUGGUGCAGCCCACUUGCUCCCCUGUCAAUGAGAACCUCAUGGAGCUCUUCAUCAUGAUCGAUGCAUGUAGGAGGGCAUCGGCACGGUCUAUUACUGUUGUUAUUCCGUACUUUGGGUAUGCCAGGGCAGACAGAAAGGCUCAAGGACGUGAGGCCAUCACAGCCAAACUUGCUGCAAAUUUACUUACAGAAGCUGGCAGUGACCGUGUCAUUGUGUGUGAUAUGCAUUCCGCACAAGCAUUGGGAUACUUUGAUAUUCCUGUGGACCAUAUAUACGGACAGCCUGUGAUUCUGGACUACCUUGCCAGCAAGACAAUUUCCAAGGACCUUGUGGUUGUUUCUCCUGAUGUGGGUGGCGUUGUCAGGGCACGCGCAUUUGCCAAGAAGUUAUCUGAUGCUCCUUUAGCUAUUGUUGAUAAAAGAAGACAGGGUCACAAUCUUUCAGAGGUCAUGCACUUAAUUGGUGACGUGAAGGGGAAGGUUGCUAUCAUGGUUGAUGACAUGAUUGACACAGCAGGGACUAUUACUAGUGGAGCAGCAUUGUUAAAACAGGAGGGAGCAGAGGCUGUUUAUGCUUGUUGCACACAUGCUGUCCUAAGCCCACCUGCAAUUGAAAGGCUUUCAGGAGGCAUCUUUGAGGAAGUUAUAGUGACAAACUCCAUCCUGCUGCCAGAGGACAAAUGCUUCCCUCAGCUGACGGUGCUCUCCAUGGCUAACCUUGUAGCCGAAACUAUCUGGCAUGUUCAUCGUGACGGCUCUGUGAGCAGCAUCUUUCAAUAGCAGUGGGGCAUAUUCUUACAUCUGGGCAGUAUAGAGGAGGCAUCACUUGGCGAGGAAUCAAUUUUGGUGACAUGACAAAUAAAGCUACAAUGCCGUGUAGGCAUCAUACAUGUAAUGGGCAGUCAAUUUCUGAAGGCACCCAGUAAAGGAUGUUUAGUUCCUAAGUCCUAACCUGUGUCACAUAAGCUCUCUUGUAGUUUGAAAGUACCGACCUGAGCAUAUUCUAAGGAAUUUAACGUUGUCAGAAAUGUCCCGUUGAGAAGGCAGAUUUGUUAACUCCAAGUAUCUAUGUUUUGUGUUUAUAGUUUUAAUUCAAGAUUGUUGUGAAGAGUC